UGAGCGCGUUCGGUCAACGCUUGACCCCAACCCCGACGCGUCCAGUAGAUUACAGAAGCAAAAUCCCAGAGUUACGCGGUAUUCAACACUUGACAUACUAACUAACUACUGAGCCGAUGAAACGUUCGGAUUGCUUUCAAUAAAAAUAUUUAAAAGAAAAGUCGAGCCUUGUCUGAAAGGUUGUGAGGUAAUAGUCCACGCUAGGGAAUUCGAAAUCCCCAAGGGGACUCGGCAGGAGCCAUUCUUGAAACGACGGACAAACCAACCCUGGGAUUCCGCACGCGCGCGCCUGUUCACAGCGAAACAAAAGAGCAAUCCUACAAGAAACAAAUAAAACACUUACCUACGUUCUAUUUUCUACUUCUUUCUCUCCGACAGCCAAAACGCACGCAUGGCGCCCAAAUCAUCCGACCGGUCCGCAACCCGACGACUGAUCAAGGAGCUCGAGACGUGGCACGCGGAAGCGAAAUCCGAGACGGGGGUCGAGCGGCUCGGGCCCGUGAACGAAGGGGAGCUUCUGCAAUGGGAGGCUGUGAUCAACGGGAAGGGUAUAGGGGGUGGUUAUGAUGCUGGCCGCUGGCUUCUCGAGAUCAAAAUACCACCCACAUAUCCGCUCCACCCGCCGACGGUACGCUUCGUGACUCCCGUGGUGCACGCAAACGUCAACCUCGCCGACGGGGAGGUGUGCCUGGACCUGCUCAAGGAGGCUUGGACGCCGGCUUACAGCGUGCUGGAGACGGUGCGGGCCGUGAGGCUGCUGCUCGCGACGCCCGAGCCGGAUUCGCCGCUCAACGUGGACGUCGCGGCGCUGGUGAGGGCCGGGGAUGCCCUGGGUGCCGCGAGGCUGGUCGAGUUUUGGAUCACGGAUGGUGGUGGGAGGUAUGACGGGCCUUGAUGUGCCAGAGGUGAGGUGGGCUUGGAUACUUUGUUUCGGGUGAGGUUAUUUGAUUGGUUUCGGUUUUGUUGGACUGCAAAAAGCACACACAGACUAUGGGCCAAGCUGAUCCAAACACCUGCUUUCACGAUAAAGCAAACUGAUGUCUUUGGAGAAAGCUCACAAGAUGCAUUGUAUCAUCUACCAGGCAUGUAUGGAUGGGCAAAAGAGACCUACGUAUGCGAUGGCAUGGUCACUUGCACCUUCGUGAUACUCCCGUCACUAAUCAGGGGCACAAGGACCCAGACGGCAGUGCACCUCGACCACCAACCAAUCCGCUGUCAUUACUUGCACGAUUUUUUGACUGGGAAAAAAGCCCCUGCACUGCGUCGAUAGCUCGUAAUCCUUACAAAUGCCUGAUUCUGGCUUGGACCGCCGUCACAAGACACUUCUUUUUACAGCUUGUUGAAACAUGAGGGAGCUUAUCUCUUGUCAUCUCCAACAAAAUGGGGGAUGAUGGUGGGCAGCCAGCAUUCACUCAGGAAAGUCGAACCGGGA